UUUAAUGCUUAACUGUUUCUCUUGCGUGGGCGCGGAAGGCAAGCUUUUGGUUAGUCAUUCGUUUCCAUUCACUUCCCUUUAUUUACAUUUACAGGUCGAUCCUGAUUUUUAAACAGGAUCGCCAUCAGCUUUUCCCGCGAACCUCAGUUACACUUUUGGUGGGAGCAUAUCAAAUAUUCACAAUGAAAAAAGCACUAUUGCCACCAUCAAAAGCCAGGUCCAUAUCAAGUGGGGAAUAUAACAAGGUUGAUAAUAGCAGUAAACGAGAAUGGUUGUUGAAGCUGUUGCAGCAACAUUUUGGACAUUCCAACUUUAGAGGACUACAGCUUGAGGUCAUUGAAACUAUUUUAUCAGGCAAGGAUUGCUUUUGUCUCAUGCCAACAGGAGGUGGGAAGUCAUUAUGCUACCAAAUUCCUGCUGUUGCACGGAAUGGAAUUGUGCUUGUUGUGUCCCCAUUAAUAGCAUUGAUGGAAAACCAAGUUUCAUUUUUGAAGUCUAAAGGAAUUCCUGCAGAGUAUUUAUCCUCUACACAAAAAGUGGCUACGAAGGAGAAGAUCUAUGAAGACAUUGAUUCUGGAAAGCCCAUGGUGCGAUUGCUCUAUGUUACACCAGAGCUAAUUGCAACAAACGGAUUUAUGACAAAGCUAAAGAAACUUCAUUCACGAGGCCUGUUGCAUCUCAUUGCCAUAGAUGAGGCACAUUGUAUUUCAUCUUGGGGACACGAUUUCAGACCCAGUUAUCGCAAGCUUUCAACCCUGAGAAUUUUUCUUCCUGGUGUACCAAUAUUAGCAUUAACAGCCACAGCUGCUAGAAAGGUUCAAGAAGAUGUUAUCAAGUCACUGUGUUUGCAUCAACCGUCACUUCUUCAAACAUCAUUUAACCGUCCAAAUAUUUACUAUGAAGUACGAUACAAAGAUUUGCUGAAAGAUGUAUACACUGAUUUACUGGAGAUGCUGAAGAAAAAUAAACAAGACUGUGCAAUUAUUUACUGUCUUGCACGUAAUACUUGUGAUGAUAUUGGUAGCCGUCUCUUGAGAGAUGGCAUUUCCUGUUGUGUGUAUCAUGCAGGACUGAGUGAUAAAGUUCGUAGUCGAGCACUAGAGGAGUGGGCAUCAGGAAAUGUUCCAGUCGUGGUAGCAACAGUAGCCUUUGGUAUGGGAAUUGAUCGAAAAGAUGUGCGAACAGUAUGCCAUUAUAAUAUUCCAAAGUCAAUGGAAUCAUUUUAUCAGGAGUCGGGAAGAGCAGGACGUGAUCAAAAACCAUCGAGAAGUUUACUUUACUAUGGCAUGGAUGAUCGUAGAAGCAUGGAAUUCAUUCUAAACAACUCUUCACAGCUAAAAGGGAACACUAAGAAGCCUCAAGAUGUGAUGCUCAAGAAAUCUCUUGGUGAUUUUGAAAAGAUGGUUGAUUAUUGUGAAGGAUCUGGUUGCCGGAGACAGAAAAUACUAAUGCAUUUUGGAGAGCAGGUAUCUUCGUCUCUUUGUAGUAAAACAUGUGAUUUAUGCAAAUACCCUGAUCGAAUAUCUAAGGAGCUGUUCGAGCUUUCAGAUGUAUCUAGGAGUCAUGGGAAGAACAGACUUCCCUCAGUUAUAUUUGACAGUAGUUCUAGUGCAAUUGGAAGGGGAUAUGAAGGUGUUGAAUCAGAAUUUUGGAAUCGCACUGAUCAAAUUAGUGAUCCAGAAGAGGAGAUCUCCAGUUCAGAGGAUGAAGCUUCCAAUUUUGCAGCUGCUUCUGUAAGAGGUCGAAGCAUUGCAAAUGCACACCUAGAUAAAAGACUUGACUGUUUGCUACGUGCUGAAGAAAAGUAUGACGCUAAACAAGGGUUUCGUACAGCGAAGAGAGAGCUCAAUAACAAAAAGAUAGUUCCAGAAAAUCUAAGGGAUGCUGGGAGACAGAGGCUGGGAAUAGCCGUACAGCAAGCUCUCAAACGGCUAGGAAAUGAAAAUCUUGAUUACCAAAAUGUCAGCAUAAUAUUGGAGGAUCAAUGCUACAGUAAGUAUGGAAAAUUGGGAAGGUCGUUUUACAACUCUCAAGUAGCAAGCACAGUCCGCUGGCUCACAACCUCAAGCACGGAGGCCAUUCAGAAUCGAAUAGAACCUGAUGCUGUAAAUAAUAAUAAAUCCAGAUCGUCUUUACCUCUGAAUGAAAGCGAUUCUUUAAAGCAAACAAAUUCUUCUUUAAUUCAGCUCGAGACAUGCAAUAUGGAGAAAAAGAAUGAGCUGAAGCAAGUGAGUGUCAAACAAGAGUUAAUUGGUCAGAAGAGAACAUGUCCUGAAAAUGAUGCUUCCUGUUCGAUACAAAAUGCAGAAGCAAGAAAAGAGCUUCCUCCAAUACCAUCUUUCACCAACUAUGCAAACAAGCGAGGUAAAAAGUGACGAUUUCAAAAUAUAAAAUGCAGACAAAAGGCCUCUGUCUGGACAAGUAGAGGACACAGGUUCCCCAAAGCAGAAGUAAUCAUUUUCUGUUGCCAAAGGAAAUUGCCUGCUAUAUCAUUUUGUGUAAAAUGACAGGAUACGUAUGGUGAGGUAGAUUUUUCUAAAGGAGAUUCGCAGACUUCUGUAAAGGAGUUUGUGAACCAAUAUGCCAUUUCAGUUUAACGUUUGUCAAAGCACCAUCCUAACUAAUACAUUUACACGUGCCUUUGUUCCUUUUAGUCUUACUUUUAAUUUCAGUCACUUCUUUCUCCGUCCUGGCAGAAAGUACAAACUAUCUACAAAAUAUUUUAUAAACAUUAGCAGGGAAACUUUUGACUUCAUAUACUAGAGAAUUUAGCUUAUUAGGCAA